CCUCAAAACGUGCAGAGACAAAAAAAACAAAACAACAGAGACUGUGACACAUCAGUCUCACACAAACAAAUCAUGAAGCGACGCCGUAACUCCACAACCCUCUCACCGUCAAACUCAAUGCUGGUGCCCUACGACCACCGCCAGCUCGCGGUGGUGCCGCCCAUCACCGCCGCAUUCCGGCGCGGCAUCCCCCGUGGCUGGGGAGUCGAAGUGGUGCCCCGCUCCGACGGCUCCCGCUCCGACACGUAUUAUUACGAACCAGGGACUGGAAAAAAAUUCAAAUCAAUUGUGGCGAUUCACAGAUAUCUGAAAGGGGCUGAUUCUCCUCGUAGAUCCCCCAGGAAUCAUAAUCAAAAUUCUGGGUGUAGAAGACUGCCUCCUCCUCCUAUUCAGAAGAAUAGUAAGUGUAGAGGGAUCGUUGCUUCUGCUGGAAAGUUGAUGAGACUGAAGGACGAACCAAGCGAGAGUAAUUUAGCCAUUGUAGCUUUUGAGAAACCUACUCCCAUAGAACCAUUUAUUCUUCCCGAUGGUUGGAUUGUUAAGGAGGUGCGCCGUAAAUAUGAUAAUAAUUGGAAAGACAAGUAUUACUACGAACCUGGAACAGGAAAAAAGUUCCGAUCACUGGUGGCAGUUGAGCGGCACUUGGCAGAAUUAGAAGAAAAUUCCCCAUUAUCAAAAGCUCUAGAAAAAAUCAAGGAAAAUCGACCCCUCUCAAAAGUUUUCAAACUCGAAAAUCACUCUAAGAAAUCUAGUCCGAUGAAGAAAGACGUAUCUGAAGAGAAUAAAGAAGCUUCGGCUUUUACGGGCCCACCGAUGAGUGUUAAUUGGGUACUCGCUAGUCCACAGGGAGAUAUAUGGAACCCUUUCAUAUCCGAUAUGUUUGUUUCAGACACCGUUAAGCAGCAAUGGAAUAAUCGGUUCAUGCUUUUCAUGAAUGACGAAAUCAAUGAUCGGAAAACGGAAGCACACAGUGUCUGAAGGGCCUCCCUCCUAAGUUUGCAGCCCCCAUGUAAAUAUCCAAACCUUAAUUGGUGUAAGGAAUGUGUAUGUAUCUCCAGAACUAAAAGCUAGUUUGUAAUGAUUUUGCUGUGUGAAAACAGUGUGGCAUUUCUGACCAUUAAUUAAGCAUGGCAUAUUGUGAAAAAUGGGGUUUAUUUACAUUCAGCACCUCUAUGU